CAAAACAAAAUGAAAAAGACCGAACUCUCAAACACGUCCCGAGUGUGAGUGGCAAGCAUCCAAAACCCUAAAUCCUCCUCCUCUGAGAAAUAGUAAGAAUCAAUGGCCACCUCAGCAGCCGCCAGAUCCAUUUUCCGCUCCUGCGCCGGCCGCAGCUCUGUCUGUGCUGCGCGUCUCGCCCCCGAAGCCAAAGCCGCCCGUUCCCCGUUUCGCAUGGCCGCGAAGCGGGCUUCCUCUUCUUCUCCUUUUCCCGCUCUCCGGUCUCCUGUUCAAUUGAGCUUCUGCGUGGAGUCGAUGCUGCCCUACCACACUGCAACAGCUUCGGCUUUGAUGAACUCAAUGCUCUCUGUCACUCGCCACAGUUAUGGCUGGCUUUCAGAAGGUAUCUAGCGAACACUUGUAAGGUCCCUUGAUAUCGUUUUCUUCCUUUUUUGGCCAAGACAGAUGAAGAUCAAGAAGCAAUAUUGGAGUAACUUUGAUUUGUUAAAAUUUCAAGAUUUUAAGAUGGAUUGGAGACCUUUUAUGUUCUUUAAAUUUGUAGACGUUUUAUUGAGGAAAAGUUUAUUGGAGUCCAUUAGAUGUGUUGAGUUAUCUCAUGGCAAUUUUUUUUAUGAUGGCAUCAGUUGUAUUGAGAAAUACUCUACAUGUGUUUGAAUUCAUGGAGAUUUUUAAGAUAUUGAAUCAUCAAUGAUAGGUAAACUGUUGAAGACAGAUUUGAAAUUGUAUUUUAAUGAGAUUGUAUCUUGUUAUUGUUAAAGUUACAAGAAAAUGGACCCAAGUGAAAUCUUAUCUCUGCGCUUCUCAUUG